AUGGAGGAUCAAGGUGUUUGGGAGGUAGUCGGGCCAACGGCCGGUGCAGUCAUUGACAAAAAGAAGGACAAGAAGGCAAGGUCGUAUCUCUUCCAAGGGCUCCCGGAGGAUCUCCUGAUGCAGGUGGCAAGGAAGAAAACUGCAAAUGAGGUCUGGGACUAUCUGAAGACAAGGUUCGUAGGCGCGGAUCAUGUCAAGAAUGCACGGCUACAGACGUUGAAGAGUGACUUCAAUACUAUGCGCAUGGAGGAGGGAGAGACGUUGGACCAGUACGCCGAAAAGCUUAACACCAUGUUCGUCAGAUACGCCAAUCUAGGGGAGACGCUUAACAAUGCUGCAUUUGUCAAAAAAAUUGUUCGACGCCAUGCUGGAUCAAUUCCUGAGUGUGAUUGUGGGAUUGAGCAGUACUACAACCUCGACAAGAUACCAUUCGAGGAAGCCAUGAGCAGCAAUAGCACCAGCGACGGCCAGCUCCUUCUCACUCAGGCAGAGUGGCAGGCCCGACAGAAGAAGGAUGGCAACAACUCCUCAUUGAGCAACAAGGGAAAAUCCCACCCUGCUGUAGAUAGCAGCAACCGCGGCCGAGGUGGUCAUGGAUGUGGUAGAGGUCGUGGCGAUACGUCACACAAUGACGAGGAGAGUGGCUCAGGCGGUAGUCGUUGCUACAAGAGCCACAUCAAGUGCUACAACUGCUACAAGACGGGGCACUACAUGAACAAGUGCAAGGCACCAAAGAAAAAAGAGGAAGAGAAAGGCGUGACACAUAUCACCCAUAUUGAUGACACCGAGCUGGCCUUACUGCUCGCAGUGUCAAAGGAGUCAGUAUCAGGACUACAGCAGAGGCAGGAUGUUGUGUUGCUGAAUGAGGAGAAGUUAAAGCCGGAACUGCAUGACACAACGGAGGGAGGCUCCAACUUUGAGGUCUAG